AUGAUCAACGUAGCUGUUAUCGUGGGAGCGGCCAGCAAUCUAGGCUACCAAGUACUGAGGAAGCUAACAAAAGUUUACAAUGGGAAAAUAUACUUCACAACCGAAGACGAGUCCACAGGCUACAACAUUCAUGACGUACUGAAAAAGAAAGGUGCCACCCUUGAAUAUUUCAAAGUGGAUGUCGCGUACACCAAAAGCAUCAUAAAGUUUAGACAUCACAUACAAGACCAGGAUGAAAGGAUUGAGCUAUUGAUCAACAUGACUGACUACUCUCCCACUGAAAGACAUUUGUCGCAUAUAGAAAAAGUGAGAAGAAUAUUAGGAAUCAACUUCUACGGCUACAUCAAUUUUGGAAAGCUCAUAUACCCCUUGUUGACGGACAACGCAAGAGUUGUCAAUGUAUCUGGUCCCGCUGGUCUUCUAACGACGAUCGAAAAUGAAGAAAUUAGGAAAAGAAUUAGCAACCCAAAACUUGAUGAAGACGAAUUAGUAGCGAUCAUUCAAGAAUACGAAGAAGCUGCGAGAAAGGGUGUUGAAAAAACAGAAGGUUGGGGCAAUAGUGUAAACGCAUUCAGUAAAGUCGCUCUCAGUGCAGUGACAUUCCUGCAACACAGACAGUGGGCUGACAAAGGCAUCGUAAUUAAUUGCGUGAACCCAGGCAACGUCACUAGUCGGGAAGAGAGGAAAUCUACAAAAGUGUUCGAGGAAGGCGCCAAGGCCAUAUUAUAUUUGGCGUUGGAAGCGCCUUUGACUUUGAAUGGGAAUUUCGUGUGGAGCAACUAUAACGUGAUUGAGUGGAACAGUGAUCCGUUUGUGGAAGUCACGACUGUGUAGAUCAGUAUUUUAGUUUAGUUUUAGUAUUGGACUGAAAUUUUCUCUAAAGAAAAUCAACGAGUAAUGUGUGA